AUGAAUGAUAAAACAAAACUGGCAGAAAGCAUCAACCAAAUAUUUAUAAAAGCAAAUCAAAAGACUGACAUUGAAGGAAUAAAACUAACCAUCUUGGAAUAUCUUGAUAAAACGCAACAAAAUUCCGAGUAUUUAUAUGAUUCCGUGGUAAAUGCGGUUGAGAAUAGACAAUUUUCAUCAUUACGUGGAUUCUGUGAAGCCAACGGAAUCGGCACCAAACCAAAUCAAAAACUUGCCUUACAGUUUUUUAUGAGAGGUGCGUUAUUAGGAGAUGAAAUAUCCUACGGAGGAUCGCAAAAUUCAUACUUGCAACUAAGACUGGCGAAUUAUUAUAGAGCUCAAAAAAACUAUGAACCAGCUUUGCAUUGGCUUAAAAAUUCAGCAUCGCUUGGAAAUCCUAGAGCAUAUUUGAUCUUGGGUAAAAUGUAUCAUGAGUCUGAGGGAAUCACCAGAAAUUAUGAAAAGUCUUUUCGCGCGUGGAAGAAAGCUGCGAACAUCAACUCAAAAUAUCAAUCAUCCGCUCAAAAUUUAUUGGCUAUUUAUUAUUAUAGAGGCCGAGGUACCAAUAAAGAUAUGCACGCUGCUAUAAAAACACAUAGAAUCGCUACUUCAAAUGGAAAAUCGACCUACUUUUCAAAACUUUUACGAAUUAUUUUUAAAAAACUACGUUAA